UCAUUAGCACCGUAUUUUUUAUUUCAGUUUCGCUUUACACUGCAAAAAAGCUUACUAAUGUAAUGACUCCUGAAGAAUAUGAUGGUCCUGAUGCUAGCAACUUUGUGAAAGUUGUCCGAAAAUUAAGAAAGAGACUAAGGCAAAUUCAACGUCUGGAAACAUGUGGUCGAGAUUUAACAACAGAAGAGAGAAUAAAGUUGGAAUGCAAAAAUAAUAUUCAAAGGGAGCUGCGUGAAAUUCUUGCCGAAAUUAAUCGAAGAGAUGAAUCAUUUAAUUCUUCUGUUGAUGUGAACAAAGAAAUAAACCUUGAAACUGAUAAAGAAGAUUCUCAUGAACUUGAACCUGAUGAUCAGCAUGAGGAAAAACUUGAAAAAGAGAAGGACUGUGUCUUUCAAAACAAUGAAUACACUGAGUCUGUAGUUGUAGCUGCUCCUGUUGAACAAACUAAUGUGACGUCAAGUAAAGUAAAACGAAAAAUUCUGCAUGAAUGGAAAUCCCUACCCAUGUUCACCAAAGAACUUGAAGGACAUCACGAUAUAAUUACUUCUGUGGAUUGUGAUGGUAAUUGGCUUGUCAGUGGCAGCCAGGACACUUCAGUAAAGGUGUGGGAUUUAAAUUCAAUGGACGAAGUUCGAAACAUGACUGGCCACUCUGGUUGUGUAACUUGUGUACAAAUUUUAAAUAAUUGUGAAAGUGAUAGAAUAUGGAAAGUUAACUCUAUGGAGUUCAAGUUACUGGUUGAUGCUGAUGGUGAAACAUUGUUAAACAAACAAAAACUUCUUUUAACAUCUUCCCUUGAUUGCUUCAUAAAACUAUGGGUCAUACCUGAUGGUUGUUGUGUAAAGUCAAUAUACAUCUUCUCCCCUCUUACAGCAAUGUUGUAUUCCUCAAAUCUUUUAUUUACUGGUACAGAUUCAGGCAAACUAGUCGUUUGCGAUAUCUUAAGUGGAUCACUUGUUCAUGAAUCAAUUAUUCAUACACAGGAAAUAUCUUCUUUAAAGUGGCAUUGCAAUCAUUUAGUGACCACUUCAUUUGAUGGCUCUGUCAAAGUUUGGGAGGCUACAUGUGAUCUUCAUGAAACUGCUGUUUCUCAUAUGCUUGAAAUGGAACAUCUUUUUACGGAAGUGUUAUCAGUGAAUGAGUCCAGUGGUUUAAUAGCUGGAAGGCACAUACACUGUGUUGUUUCAUGGAAUGAUAAACUUAUAAUUGGUGAUGAUGGAACCAACCUAAAAGUUGUUGAACUUGACUCAGGAAAUAUAACAAGAUAUCCGAACCACAAACUGUGUUCUGGAUUCACAAACUCUAUGUUUACAUACAAGAAUAUGUUGUUUGCUACUUCAUAUAAUGUAGAUACUGGGAAUGGAGCAAUAAAUGUUCGUUCUCUGUGUGGAGAUUUUCCAUUGUUAUACUUGCUACGUUUACUAACAGCGAUAUGCCACAAUUGACAUGCGCAUGUGUGGAUCUGACAAAUACUAAAAAUCUCUGUUUUUUUACUGGAGGAACCAAACUAAUGAUCUGGAAAACUACAUUGAAAGAUGAUGAGAAAAGGUUGGAAAGUUCGUAUGAUGAGGUAGUCAGUACCUAUAUACAACGUCUGAAUAAAACCGCGUCACCAUCAGAUGAAUCAAGUUCUAGUGAGACUGAGGAUGAAGGUGGUUGGUGGUGGACAAAACAAACUAUUUUAGGAAAAAGAAAGAAAAAUAAUGAUGAUAUUAGUGAUUUUGACUUGGACAGCAGCAAAAAUGAAAUACAAUCUAAACCUGUUGACAGCAGGACAGGGUGGUGUAUGGUCGUUUAAGUUUAAUGGGUAAUUACUGUGUUUAGUGUUUAAAUUAUCUAUGUAUAUAUGUGGAAUAACAGCUGAAUUUUGAUAUUGAAUCAUUAAGCUUGUUUACUAAUUUAG